AAUUCUAAUAUUGAUCUUUUGUUUGAAGAAAAAGAACUUGAAGAAGAGACUUUAGAAUUUGAUAUCGAAGCAGUAAAUAUUGAUAUGAGGGAUGAAUUAGUAAUAAAAAAAUUCCUUGAUAUAAAUACAUUCAGACAAUGUCAAGACAAUAAGACUUGUCUUCAAGAAUCUACUACUAGUACUAAGGAUGGACUAGUGAUUGAACCUAUCUUAAAAAUACAACCUGGGUUACUUGACAGGUAG